UGUCAUGGCUUCGUUCGGCUUCGACCCGUUCUUCCCCUCCUCCCACCGCCGUAGGGUGGUGGUGCGCAGUGGCAGCAGCGGUGGCUACGGGGGGCCGUCUCGCUCACGCUCCGUCUUCACCUCCUACUCCGCCCCCCACUACGCGCUGACCGUGUCGUCGGGCCGCGAGCUGGACCUGGGCCAGGCGGCGCAAGUGAGCUCGGAGCUGAAGGCGGUGCGCACGGCCGAGAAGGCGCAGCUGCAGGAGCUGAACGACCGUUUCGCCGGUUUCAUCGAGCGCGUGCACCACCUGGAGCUGCAGAACCGUGCGCUGGAGGCCAAGCUGCAGGUGCUCCGACAGCGCCACGGCGAGCCCACCUGCCUGCGCUCCAUCUACGAGCAGGAGGUGCGUGCACUGCGUGCGGCCGUGGAGGAGGCGCGUGAGGAGCGGCAGGCCGCACAGGAGCGCCGUCGGCAGCUGGAGGAGGCUCUGAGGGCACUGCAGGGCCGCUACGAGGAUGAAGUGUUGACGCGCCAGGAGGCCGAGGGCCGGCUGGUGGAGGCGCGGAAGGGGGCGGAGGAAGCAGCGCUGGGCCAGGCUGAGGAGGAGAAGCGUCUGGACAUCCUGCUGGACGAGAUGGCCUUCCUCAAGCGACUGCACGAGGGCGAGAUCACCGAGCUGCAGGCCCAGCUGCAGUACAGCUCCCAGGUCUCCGUGGAGAUGGAGGUGGCCAAGCCGGACCUGUCGGUGGCGCUGCGUGACAUCCGGGGCCAGUACGAACGCCUGGCGCAGCAGAACAUGCAGUCCGCCGAGGAGUGGUUCCGCUCCAAAGUCAGCACUAUGGCCGACACCACGGCCCGCCACUCCGAUGACAUCCGUCUGGCCCGAGAUGAGGCGGGUGAGUUCCGCCGCCUGCUGAAGGCCCGUGACCUGGAGAUUCAGGCGUGCCAGAGCCUCAACCACGCGCUGGAGCAGCAGCUGCAGGAGGCCGAGGACAGGCAGAGCGCCGACGUCACCAACAUGCAGGACAUGAUUGCUCAGCUGGAAGAUGAGGUGAGGACCAUAAAGAAUGAGAUGGCACGCUACCUGAGGGAAUAUCAGGACCUGCUCAACGUCAAGAUGGCCCUGGACAUCGAGAUCGCCGCCUACAGGAAGCUGUUGGAGGGGGAGGAGACACGCUUCAAUGUGGGUGGAGUCGGGGGCAUGUCCAGCAUCUUCUCACACAACAUCUCAUCCACACCCUCCUUUGGCCGACCCGUCUUCUCCGUGCAGGCCAGCCUGAGCUCUGGCGCCCCCUACCUGCUGGGUACUCGCCUCCUCAGCUCCUCUCUCUUCAGCGAUGACCUGAUAACCCCCAGCCGGGCUCAACAGGCCGAAGCCAGCGCAGCAGAGGAGGAGGAGGAGGAGGAAGAGGAGGAGGAGGAGAAGGAGGAAGAAGAGGAAGGAGAGGAGAAUGAGGAGGAAAAGGAGGAAGAAGAUGGAGGAGAUGAGGUAGAAGGCGAUGAAGAUGAAAAGGAGGAAGAGGGUGAAGAGGCACAGGAAGUGAAGGAGGAAGGAGAGGAGGAGGCAGGUGGUGAGGAAGAGGAGGCAGGAGAGGAGGGGGAAGAAGAGGAAGAUGCUGCUGAAGGAGGAGAAGAGGGAGAGAAGGAGGGGGAAGAGGAGAAAGAGGGAGGAAAUAAAGAAGAGGAGGGGGAGAAAGGAGAGGACAAGAAGAGUCCAGAGGAGGAGAUAAAGAGCAAAGCAGAAGCUAAACCAAAGAAAAAGUAGACUGGAUGCAUCCAGACCCACGGUGCUGAGUGACUUUAAUGCAUGGCAGUCUCAACACACCCCUCCUAAACACACACACACACACACACACACACACACACACACACACACACACACACACACUGCUGUCCAACUCCAAAUGCAAAUCAACAUUAUGGCUGUAAGCAAGACCCCUCCCAGGAGCCGGUGUUGAGUGUGUGUGCAUGCCUGCAUGGGCACACAGCAGAAACAGGAGAGCUUCAACCAGCCAGUGUGUGUGUGCGAUGGUUUCAUUUGUAUACGCAGCAAGUGUGUGACCUUAGCUGUGAGUGAGAGUGUGACUGCUUUUUCUGUGUGUAAAGAGGCUAAGCAAUCCCUCCAGGCAAUGCAGUGAGCUUACGAGUUUGGAGCCAAAACAUGCCUACAACCUUAACACAAGUGUGCUUAAAACAUGAUCCAAAUGCCUUAGAAUCCUUCAGAGAGGGACCAUGAUGUACAAAUAAAGUCUUAAAACACUCCACUUUGUUCCCAGUGUCAUUUUGAAUGAAUGAAGUGCUUU